UUUUUCCCAUUUCAGCAGUUCUUCGGCAAGAAUAAAAACUCUAAGUCUUUUUGCUCUCUCUCUCUCUCUCUCUCUCUCUCUCUCAACCAAAUCUCUUCACCGAUCACUCUCUAAACCUAAUUCGCCGUUCUUUUGCUUCUCAAAUUUCUCGUUAAGGUCUCCCCAGAGGGAUCUGUUCUUCACCAUUUUGUUCUCUUUAUUGAAGAUAAUCUAUGGUCGUUUCUUGCUUUUCAAUGAUCCAUCUUUUCAUGAAUUCUCCGUAGGAAGGUGUAAUUAUACUUUCCGGCCAUCUCCGAAGCUUUUUAGGGUUUCUCUUUGGAGGAAAUGAGGGAUGUUUUCAUGGUUGGCAAGGCUUGCAGCGAUAUGCUUGCGUCCGGUCCGGCGGUACGCCCGUAUGAGCAAGGAUGAUGAGGACGGAGCGGACGACGCGCUUUUGUGGUGCAGACACCUUGACCGCCAUUAUUUAGGUGAGUUCUCAAUCGCCAUAGUCCAAGCUAACGAGAUCAUUGAGGAUCAGAGCCAGGUUGAGACAGGCCCUUAUGCUACCUUCGUCGGGGUUUAUGACGGUCAUGGCGGUCCCGAAGCUUCACGCUUCGUCUGCGAUCAUCUCUUCGUUCAUCUGAUGAGGCUUGCUCGAGAAAGUGGAACUGUUUCUGAUGAUGUUCUGAGGAAUGCGUUUUCUGCAACAGAGGAAGGAUUUCUUUCCCUUGUCCGUAAAACAUGGGAAAUCAAGCCUUUAAUUGCUGCAACGGGUUCUUGUUGUUUGGUUGGAGUUUUCUGGAGAGGAACACUGUAUGUGGCUAACUUGGGUGAUUCUCGGGCUGUAGUGGGUUGUUUAGGUAGGUCAAAUAACAUUGUCGCAGAGCAAUUGACGAGUGAUCAUAAUGCAAGCAUGGAGGAGGUUAGACAGGAACUCAGGUCCUUGCAUCCAGAUGAUUCACAUAUUGUUGUCCUGAAGCAUGGGGUAUGGCGUGUCAAAGGCAUCAUCCAGGUGUCUAGAUCUAUUGGGGAUGCAUACUUGAAGAAACCAGAGUUCACUAUUGGUCCAUCAUACCCACGGUUUCGGCUUUCAGAGCCGCUACAGAAGCCUGUUCUAUCAGCUGAACCAUCCAUAUAUUCAAGACCCAUCCGACCUCAAGAUAAGUUCCUAAUAUUUGCAUCAGAUGGGCUUUGGGAACACAUGACAAACCAGGAAGCUGCUGAGAUUGUGUAUAAUUAUCCACGAGCAGGAAUAGCAAAGCGACUGAUCAGAACAGCUUUAAGCGAGGCAGCUAGGAAGAGGGAAAUGAGGUACGAUGACCUCAAGAAGGUCGAAAAGGGAGUCCGACGUUUCUUCCAUGAUGAUAUUACUGUGGUUGUUAUCUUCAUAGAUCAUGAGUUGCUGGGAAAAAAUGCAUCUGUACCAGCUCUGUCAGUACGAGGGUUCAACGACACAGUUGGGCCAUCAGAUUUUUCUGUUUUGGAGGGGAAUGCUAUAGAUGCUAGCUCAGAAAUCCAAUGCGACUCUGCUUCAUUUUGAACUGAUAAUUUCUACCAGAUUCUGGGAACCUGCCCUUUAUGGUGCAUGCUACCCUUCUUGCAACUGUUGAUACCUAUUUCAUAUUAUUCUGUUUGUCCUUUAGCACCUGUUCUUGUGAUCCUACUCCAAUUUUAUUUGAAUCCAUUUUUUCAUCUUUUCCAAGAACAGGUUCGGCAUCUGUCGGGGUCUCACAGGUUUCAAAGUGAUGCAUGUUCGAACUGUGCAGUUCAUGCUUCUGUGCUUCAUUGCGACAAAACCUUCGGCUCCCGUAAACCAUUUUGAGAGUUCUCUGUUAAUGGUCCUGUUUGUUCUCUUGUAUAACUUUUCAUGCAAAUGAUAUUUUACAUGCAAAUUUUACUCCAUGUAACAUUUUCUUAUUUUGCAUUAAAACAAAUUGCAAAAAAUCCUGUUUUUACAGGACAAUUUUCUUUUCA